GAUACGUUCGCGGUAUGAUAUGCCACUUCACGGUCCGAGUAUCUCUGUCGCUCGGGUCCUGUAACGACGCUUCCGAUCGUGGUGCAAUCGCCCCAGAGCCGGAAGACCAUCCGGGUGCCCUGCAGUGAGCCUGCCAUCCAGCGGUGAUGUUGGCGUGGAGAGAAUGGGCGCGACGAUAGUAUUGCGGCUGCCGCAUCUGACGUCGCAGCAGUUUCCGCCGACUUACCAGCGCCUGCAAAACGUACACUCCGCGCGCAUCACGAACCGUUGGUCCGUCGAGAUCCGCUCUUUUCAGCAGACGGCGCUGCACGCAGAGUCCUACUUUGCCGCUGCGGAUCAACUGGAGCAGCAUGGAAGUGCUGCUCCAUCAGCGACGGCGACGACGGCCGCGCAGGCUACAUCUUCCUCGAGCAUCCGUGCGCGCAUGUGGCAUCUGACAACGAGCGAGUUCCCCGGGAAAGUCUUUGUGUACGUCGAGUCGCCUCUGCCGACAGAGGCAUGCGCGCCAGGCGCGGAUGCGAUCAACAGCCAUGGUACGAAAAGCAAGGGCCGCCGCGCGCUUCGACGCACUCUUUUCGUCGCAACUUCAUCGCUUGCCUUGCUCAUCGCCAAGGCUAACCUUCCACGGCCGCUCGGAGGAGAUAGCGGCGGGGCAGGAGCAGUUAGUGGUGCAGCUGGUAGCGGGGGCGGCUCCAUAGGUAGUGCUGGAAGUGCUGGACGAGCGGAGCGCGAUAGGGACGGAGCUAGCGGGGCUGUUGGGCCUGGUGCCUGGAUCGCACGAGGAAGCGCGAUCAGCAUCGAAGGCGUCAUACUCGACUUGCCGGACCGGCCCCAAGGUGCGUAUACGGGCGGAUACGGACACAUCGCACCGUCCCUGCCACCGGCGCCGCCGCCACAGACCGAUGGUCAGCUUGAGAAUGCGAGCACGAACGGCCAAGCACAAGCACAAGAACCGGCACAGGAAUCCGCCAUCCAGAAAGGCUAUGGCUCAAAGUGGCCGCUUCCAUCAAUGUGCGGUACCCACGGCAUAUAUGGUACACGGAAUUCGAAAACGAACGUACUGCUCGAUAGCGAACGCGGCCUCCUGGACGAUCAGGCGCCCCACGAAUGGGUGCUACGAUUGGGUCAAGUCAACGUCGGGAGUCGCAAUGCGGGUGCAUUGGGGCAGCUGGAAUACCUUCCUAUCUCGUCGGCUCGAAGCCCAAGUUCACCUGCACAAACACUCCCACGCGCGUUUGCCGCCUCGCUCUUUCCCGAACAGGCGAACACCGCGACAACCGGCACACCCGGCCUGUUCAUCCAUCCUCCGCCUAGCGCACAACUUGCGCGGGAGUUGGACCUCGAUGACGAGGAAGAAGACGAAGAGGAAGGUGCAAUGCUCGAUUAUUGGGAUGACCAAGAGGAAGGCCUAGCCACAGCGGAGGACAGCCGUGCCGUGGAGGACAUGCGGCGCACAGCUUGGAUGUACUUUCAGACACUACGCGCAGAAGGUAUGCUGUGAUGUAAACCUGG